GUUGCCUUUCGGUUGACUUUUGGCGCCCAUCCGCUGUAGGGCCACCGAGGAGCCCGCAGAUCAUCUUCGCAGCAGCGACCUUCUCCCUGCAGCGCGGACCGGCGCACCGGGCGGCCACACCCUGGCUGGCGACGCCUCCGCCCCUCCCCGCCUGGCCAAUGGCGGAGCUGCGACCGGCCCGGGCUGGGCCCGGCUCGGAAGACUGUUGCGCGAGGAGGCGGGCAGACGGUGCCGCACCCCUCCCGCCGCGCCAGCCUCCCGGCCGGCCUCCUCCGUCCGUCCCCGGAGUCGCGGCACGGCCGGGCGGCCCCUCGCAGCGCCGCUCCUCCGCUCCGCGCCGGGUCUCCGUUGCGGCAUUCUUCUGCCCGGCGACGGACGCCUCGGAAAUGGAGCCCGUGACGUCAUCCCUCCGGCGAGCCAAUCGGAAGCGCUCCCGCGGAGCGGCGUCCCGCCCCCGGCCCCCUCGGCCUGUCCGUGCGCGCGCGCGAGCGGCCGUGGGCGCGCAGAAGAGGCGGGGGGAGCCUCGAGUGCGGCGGCGCGCAUGAGCGGCGAAGCUCCGCCUCCCCGCCUAUAUAUAAAGGGCUGGCGCGGGGCUCGGCGGCGCCAUUUCGCGCUGGAUCGGAGCAGCCUCUAGAAGGAGCUGGAGGGUUCUGCCUGCCGAGACAGCCAGCCAGCCAGCCCGCCCAGCCAAGCCGAGCCUGCGAGUCGUCGGGAGGCCGCCAUUACAAUCCACGUCCAUCCACUUGGAAAUGGCCUUCGUGUCGGUCCGUGACUGGACCCGGCGGACAGUACUGACCCCGUAGAAGCCCCCGAAGCUCCCCUUUUUCGGGCCCCGCCCCGUCCUCGGCGUCCGUCCGCCCCCUCCACUCCGCCCUCGAGAGGAUUUCAAAGAUGGAGGCGGCGGGUCCCUAGAAGCACUU